AUGCUAGCCCAAAUCCCUCAAGCCUUUGCACUUCUUGCGGGCUUUGUUGGUGUUUCCACAGCGCAGACACUAUGGCCGCUACAAACAUACAAGAGCUCCUCAAUCGAGACACCGUUCCUAAAUGUGACAAAGAUGGGCCAAACUGAGCCCGGCUUCCUCUUUUUCUCACCACAUGAUAUCGAACGCGUUGACGGAUACCCCACAAUCUACAGCGAUGACGGACAACUGGUGUGGCAGGGAGCCAAGGGCAACUAUUCUGCCCUGCAUCCCCAGGAGCUAAACAACGAGUCGGUCAUCGUCUACUGGGAAGGCUUUGUUGCCGAAGGCUUCGGCUUCGGACACAUUAGUAUCCUGAACAGCUCGUAUGACGAGAUCCACCGCGUAACUGUCGACUGCAAGGCCGAGAAUUUCGUGACUAUCUACGGCUCGGAGUCCUUUGACUCUUGCAUCGAUAUCCAUGAGAGCCAGCUCACGGACGACGGAACGAUUCUGGUCACUGCUGUCAAUGUUACGCAGGCUGAUCUGACUUCCGUGGGGGGUCCCAAGGACGGCUGGAUCCAGGAUGGUCUGGUUUAUGAGAUCGACAUCAAAACCAAUGAGGUCCUCUUUCGCUGGAGCGCAUACGAGCAUCUCAAGGAGCUUCCUAUGAGCUGGGCUGUUGCUCCUCUCGGAGCGACCGGUGCUGGCUCUGGUGUGAGCAAGACCGACCCGUGGGGGUAUCCUCAUCUCAACUCCAUUGCCAAGUACGGGGACUCGUACCUUGUGUCUUCACGCUAUAUGUGCACUCUCUUCUUCUUGGCGUCCGAUGGCAGCAUUAAAUGGCACCUGAACGGCCGCACCGGUGGAGACUUCAACCUCAGCCUCGACACCAGUUUCUGCUACCAACACGAUGCGCGCUUCGAAUCGCAAAGUGCCGAGCGCGUGACAAUCGGUCUUCACAAUAACGAUAACACCGAGUUCACGGGAAGCUCCUCCUUAACGACAGGCAUGGUACUGGAUGUCGAACUCCAAGGCUCAAAGAAAGUCACCCUCAAGCGUAGAAUGUGGGACGCCGCUGCGCCGGUAUAUGCCCAGUCGCAGGGUAGCUACCAGCCGCUUGGAAAUGGUCACGUCCUCCAGGAUCAUGGUGCAACACCGCAGAUUGAGGAGUACGAUGAGAAUGGCAGCGUUGUGAUGCGCGCACGAUUCGGUUAUGAUAAUACCAUGCAAACAUAUCGUGCAUACCGCUACCCCUGGGUCGGCCAUCCUUCUACGAAGCCCGACGUGGUGGCGUGUCCUGUCAGUGGUAGUGAAACGGCUAUGGUGUAUGUGAGCUGGAAUGGAGCUACAGACGUGCAGUCGUGGAAGAUUCACUCGGGCUCUCAACUCAAGGCUACUGCUGUCAACAAUGGAUUUGAGACUGCAAUUCUUGUUGAUAUGCUUCGCAAGGGUGAUUCGAUCGUCGUUGAGGCUGUCGGUGGCGCGGGCGAUGGUACAAAGUCUGCUACUGUGACUGUAGGCCAAGGCUGCUGA